UUCUCCUUUGGCGAGCGAAACUGUCCGUCAGAUCCGUCGAGUGGGUGUUUCGCGAAAACCAUUCGGCGAGCUAGUCAGUAGUUACAGAUCGAUGGUAACAGUCGCUGUCCCCGACUUCGCUGCAGCAUGUAGCUGCGACGAAAAAGAAGCGCCAACAGGGUGAGGCGUCGUCUGGGGCACACACGAAACCGAAUCUCGAUCAAACGUUCAUUCGCCAGACCCGUCGCGAGCUGCCCUCCGAUGGCCUUGCGAAAUGUUUCUCCGACGCUGGUCGGUGGGCUUUUUCAAAUUGUUGGCGGGAACGGUGCUCAGGCGCCUCGAGGACGCACGAAUCUGAAACCCCAGUGGAGGCGCCUCGAGACUGCCUGCGGCGAACCUUCUUUGUCAUUUCGAAACCCUCUGAUUUCAUCUGACGUGGCGUGCAACGCAGCGAACAGCGAGGCAAGCGAUUGGUGAAACCCCAAUGGGCAGCCAGUGGAAGCAUCUGGAGCCUCGAGGCGAGGGUUUGUUUGAGCGGCCGAGGGUGGAGUGGAGUAGAAAUGGGCUCGCGAGGGUUUGAUCUCGUCAUUCCCACCUCCGUCUCUCCUCCUGCUGGCUUCUUGCUUGUGGGAUCUCCGGAUCUGCACUUCCUAGUACCCCUGCUCCUUCCUGCUGAGAGCACAACAGUCAGCUUUGCGUAAACUGAUUGAAAGUCAAGCCGAUCGCUAGAACAAGCGAUCUUGGUGUCUCCAGAUCUGCAACUAGUAAGCUUCUCUCGACUCAUCUCCUGUAAACACGCUUCUGUCAAGCGAUCUGCGGUCAACUGUCCAUCAACUUGCAUGGCAUCUGAUGCGGAUUGCUGCGUCGUUAACGGCGGAGUGGCGAAGAUCAUUCAAGCUGCUUCGCCAACCUCCAGUCCUGCAACGCCUACCAGAGGCAUUGGCAGGUUCGGCACGCCUCGUACGGUUUUCACUCCUGCUGCAUACUCUUCUGUCAAAUCUGCCUUUGAGAAAGUACCAGAUCUGAAGCUCCCUGCUGCUGCGUGCGACGCCAAGACUGCGAUCAACGCCAGCGACUCUGUCAGCUGCUGCAGCUGCGUGCGUCUGAAGAGCGUGAGGCCCCUGCUGGAGAAUCUGGCGAAGCAGAUGCAGGCGUCUUCCUCCCAAGGCCACUCCGAUGCUGAUCGCCUUCAGAAGAUAAAGAAGGUUCAGAUCACUGAUUCUUCAGACGUUAAGAGGCUGGGAAUUGGCCGGUUUGGAGGGAAGGCUGCGGCUGCUGCGGCUGCUGCUGCUGCUGCUGCUCCAGUCAUACCGCCUGUGGCCGUGAUUCUUGUGUCGCCUGUGGUUCCUGUGGCUCUGACUGCAUCGAAGGUGACGGAUACUACCGUGACUCCUGCAGCUGCAGCAGCAGUGCUUGUAGCGGAUUCUGCUGCACCGUCAGUGAACCCAGUUGAGAACGUGAACGAGUGCAGCAACAACGGGCUGAGGGUGUCUGGUGAGGCGAGUGGAAGUGUUAUCCGCUCACGCGAAGAGAGGGAGGCGAGCUGGAAGAAGCUGUGUGAGGAGAUCUGGGCCAUGGACAUUGAGAAGACCAAGGCAGCCAUGCCUGACUGGAUAGUGGCCAAGUAUGCUAAGGAUGUUGCGAAGCUGGCUCGGAAAAACGUCCCAGUUGCAUCUGCAGCAGCAGCGAGUGUAGCAGAAUCAGCAGCACCAUCCUUGAGCCCAGUCAAGGAGUCGGUUGCGCCAUCGGUGAGCCCAGCUGCAGAGACGGUUUGCCAGGUGCAGUCUGAAAGCAGGUCAGGCAAGAACGAGUUAAGCAGCAACGGGCUUAUCAUGUGUGGCGAGGCGAGUGGAAGGGUGUUGCGUUCACAUGAAGAGUGGCAAGCCAGGUUCGACAAGCUGAGCAAGGAGGUACGGGCCAUGGACAUUGAGAAGACCAAAGCGGCAAUGCCGGACUGGAUUGUCGCCAAGUAUGCUGAUGCUGUCGCAAAGCUGACUUGUACUAACGGGUCUUCCUCCACUUCUGCAGCAGCAGCACCUGCUGCAGCAGCAACUGUAGCAGAGUCUGAAGCACCAUCUGCUGCAGCAGGGGUAACGAAAUCACAUGCUGGUGCAUCAUCAGUGAAGGGUGCUGCACCAUCUGCACCAUCUGCUAGCAUGCAAGGCCAGGCUGGCAAGGCCAGCAGCAGCCAUGCGAGUGGGGUGGAGAGGAGAGAGGGGGGUGGGUGUGGGGAGAGAGCAGCAGGGAGGGCAGCAGGUGGAAGGCAGGCUGCUGUGAAGGCAGCAGGUGGGAGGGCAGCAGCAGGUGGGAGGGGCCGUGGCAGAGCAGUGGCAAGUGGGGUGUGUGGCAGUGUGGGGAUGAAGCAGCAGGCGGGGAAGAGAGAGGGCUUGGCGCAUGAGAGGCAGGUGAGGCCAGGCGGGUGCAGCAGCGGGGUGCACAGAAGGUCGUCCUGAUACAACUGUGAUCAGAAUAACACAAGUCCCAGCUGCUGUUGGGUAUACAUGUGAUGCUUGUAGGCAGAAACUGCCUUAUCUGUACAUUCGUUAGGAUACUGGUUACCUAGGGAGUGACUGCCUAUUUUGUGUACAUUUGCUGGGAAAGAAGAGCCUGAUUGUACUCCUGUUUUGAUACUUGUAAUGA